GUGACGUCGAAUUCGUCGACGUGUAGCAAAAAUUUAGCUGCCCCAGCUGACGACGUGGAAGUCCAGACCUAUGAUCUGAAGGAGUACACAGAAAGACCACUCGUUACUCAAAACAUUCCGCAUAAUGAUUAAGAAAUUUGACAAGAAGGAUGAGGAGUCAGGAAGUGGCUCCAAUCCAUUUCAGCACUUGGAGAAGAGUGCCGUGUUACAGGAGGCUCGUAUUUUCAACGAGACCCCCAUAAACCCACGAAGAUGUCUCCACAUCCUCACCAAAAUAAUCUACCUCCUUAAUCAGGGGGAGCAUUUUGGAACGACCGAGGCCACUGAGGCAUUCUUUGCCAUGACGAGACUCUUCCAGUCCAAUGAUCAAACACUCAGAAGGAUGUGCUACCUGACAAUCAAGGAGAUGGCCAACAUUUCUGAGGAUGUCAUCAUUGUGACCAGCAGUCUGACCAAGGACAUGACUGGGAAGGAGGACGUGUACAGGGGCCCUGCCAUUAGAGCUCUUUGCAGGAUCACUGACACUACCAUGCUGCAGGGAAUUGAGAGGUACAUGAAGCAGGCUAUUGUUGACAAGGUGUCCAGCGUGUCCAGUUCAGCAUUAGUCUCCUCUCUGCACAUGGUGAAGAUGAGCUAUGAUGUGGUGAAACGCUGGGUCAACGAAGCUCAGGAGGCAGCCUCCAGCGAUAACAUCAUGGUCCAGUACCACGCCCUGGGACUUCUCUACCACCUGAGGAAGAACGACCGCCUGGCUGUCUCCAAGAUGCUCAACAAGUUCACCAAAUCAGGGCUCAAGUCUCCCUUUGCCUACUGCAUGCUCAUCCGCAUUGCCAGCAAGCUUCUGGAGGAGAGUGAGGGAGGUCACGACAGUCCGCUGUUUGACUUCAUUGAGAGCUGUCUGAGGAACAAGCAUGAGAUGGUGGUGUAUGAAGCCGCCUCUGCCAUUGUCCACAUGCCAAACUGCACUGCCAGGGAGCUCGCACCCGCUGUGUCAGUGCUCCAGCUCUUCUGCAGUUCCCCCAAGGCUGCAUUGCGUUAUGCUGCAGUCAGGACCCUCAACAAGGUGGCAAUGAAGCACCCAUCUGCAGUGACCGCCUGCAAUCUGGACCUGGAGAACCUGAUCACCGACUCCAACCGCAGCAUCGCCACGCUGGCCAUCACCACGCUGCUCAAGACAGGCAGCGAGAGCAGCGUUGACCGCCUGAUGAAGCAGAUCUCCUCCUUCGUCUCCGAGAUCUCUGACGAGUUCAAGGUGGUGGUGGUCCAGGCUAUCAGUGCCUUGUGCCAGAAGUACCCCCGCAAGCACAGCGUCAUGAUGAACUUCCUGUCCAACAUGCUCCGAGAUGACGGUGGUUUCGAGUACAAGCGGGCCAUCGUGGACUGCAUCAUCAGCAUCAUCGAGGAGAACCCGGAGAGCAAGGAGACGGGCCUGGCGCACCUGUGCGAGUUCAUCGAGGACUGCGAGCACACGGUGCUGGCCACCAAGAUCCUGCACCUGCUGGGCAAGGAGGGUCCGCGUACGCCCUCGCCCUCCAAGUACAUCCGCUUCAUCUUCAACCGCGUGGUGCUGGAGAGCGAGGCUGUCCGUGCUGCUGCAGUAAGUGCUCUGGCCAAAUUUGGGGCCCAAAACGACGACCUGUUACCAAGCGUGCUGGUGUUGAUGCAAAGGUGUAUGAUGGACAGCGAUGACGAGGUGAGAGACAGAGCCACCUUCUACAUGAACGUGCUGCAGCAGAAACAGAAGGCCCUGAAUGCCGCCUACAUCUUUAACGGGCUCUCGGUGUCUGUGCCUGGCCUGGAGAAGUCUCUGCACCAGUACACGCUGGAGCCCACAGAGAAGCCGUUCGACAUGAAGACGGUGCCUCUGGCGACCCAGCCCAUCUCCGAACAGAAGACAGAAAUCGCACCAGUUGCCACCAGCAAGCUUCCUGAGAAGCUGGCCCCGUCGCGGCAGGACAUCUACCAAGAGCAACUGUCGGGUAUCCCCGAGUUCCAGGGCCUGGGGCCGCUCUUCAAGUCGUCGGAGCCCGUGCAGCUGACGGAGGCCGAGACGGAGUACGUGGUGCGCUGCAUCAAGCACACGUUCACCGGCCACAUGGUCUUCCAGUUCGACUGCACCAACACGCUCAACGACCAGCUGCUGCACGUGAUGGUGCAGAUGGAGCCGUCGGAGGCCUACGAGGUGCUGCAGUACGUACCCGCCGCCAACCUGCCCUACAGCCAGCCGGGCUCCUGCUACACGCUGGUGCGCCUGCCCGAGGACGACCCCACCGCAGUUUCUUGUACGUUCAGCUGCACUUUGAAGUACCUGGUGCGUGACUGUGACCCCAACACAGGAGAGCCAGAUGACGACGGUUACGACGACGAGUAUGUGUUGGAGGAUCUGGAGGUAACGGUGGCAGACCACAUCCAGAAGGUCUUAAAACCCAACUUCGGCGCCGCCUGGGAGGAGGUGGGCGAUGAAUUUGAGAAAGAGGAGACGUUUGCGCUGGCCUCCGUACGAACAUUGGAAGAGGCAGUCAACAAUAUCAUUAGCUUCCUGGGUAUGCAGCCAUGUGAACGCUCUGACAAAGUCCCAGAGAAUAAGAACUCACACGUGCUGUUCCUCGGUGGUGUGUAUCGUGGCAGUCAUGACGUGCUAGUGCGCGCUCGUCUGGCCCUGGCAGAUGGCGUGACCAUGCAGGUGACGGUCAGGAGCAGCGAGGAGACCGUCGUAGACGUCAUCCUGGCCUCUGUGGGCUAGACGGCCAGACAGGACGUCACGACUGGGCCGAGGACGAGGAUUGCUUCGUUUUUUCCUCCUCCACCCAGAGAGCGAGUUAGUCAGUCGUGCUUUUAAGGACUCUUAUCCUCCAUCACUACCCCCCUCCUCGCCCCCUCUCCAUCACAGCCAACUAUUUCAGUGCUAUCUACUACAGGAGAGCUGAAAAAAGUGUCAAGUUCUAAUCAAAAGUCCGACUCAAACAGAAGGAAAACAACUUACUUGUGUAUGGCCCACAGAGUUAUUUUCAAUGCCUCACAAAUGAUCGAUGUAUUGCCUUUCUAUCUCCUUUGUUUGUCUUGCCGUUUAUCUUGGAUUCGUGUUCUCUCUCCAGCAGAAUGUGGUCUUCAUUGUGGGCUGUGAUGCCGCUUCAUUUUCGUAUAUUAACACAAAUAAAUGAUGAACAAGGGAUUACA